UGCUCUAUCCAUACCUUAACAUUUCAAAUACCCAUCUCAUGUUAGAUUAUAUUCACAUUUCUAUGUCCAGAUCUACCAUACAAAAGCCUCACUAAAACAUUUCCAAAACGUCCCUGCUUUGUGUUUCUCCCCCUCUCAUAUUCAGACAGCAAAAUCAUGGGUCUCAGAGACAUUGGUGCUUCACUACCUCCUGGGUUUCGGUUUUAUCCCAGUGAUGAAGAACUGGUGUGUCAUUAUCUCUACAAAAAGAUCUCAAACGAGGAGGCUCUUAAGGGAACUUUGGUCGAAAUCGACUUGCAUACAUGCGAGCCGUGGCAGCUUCCGGAGGUGGCUAAGCUCAACGCGAAUGAGUGGUACUUCUUCAGCUUCCGCGACCGCAAAUACGCGACGGGAUUCCGGACCAAUAGGGCGACGACAUCUGGAUAUUGGAAAGCGACGGGAAAGGAUCGAACGGUGGUGGAUCCAAUCACACGAGAGGUCGUAGGGAUGAGGAAGACGCUGGUGUUCUACAGGAACAGAGCUCCCAAUGGUAUCAAAACGGGUUGGAUCAUGCAUGAGUUCCGCUUGGAGACCCCACACAUGCCUCCAAAGGAAGACUGGGUUUUGUGUAGAGUAUUUCACAAAAGCAAAUCAUCAGACGACGACAGCAACGAUAUCAGUGCCAAACUCAUGUUAGAUUCCAUUUCAUCUCAUUCAUUAACUCCGGCCUCUUCAUCUUCUCCAACCAACCAUACCUUCCCUCUCGUCGGCUACAACCAUAUUUCCUCUUCGUCUUCCUCGAUCCCCACCUUCAUUCACCAUGACAAUACUACUCAAGCCAACCAUUAUCAUCAUUCUAAUUCUCUCGUCAACUUUCUUCAAUUUUCUCGGGAAACAAACACGGCCGCCACCAGCACUGUUACUCAGGAUCGGAUCAGCCCCAGUAGAGGUGGGGAUGAUGGGUAUGGCUUCUUCUGGGACAUGGGCCUCGAAGAUAAUAAUAACAGCUUUCAGAAUGGCGUCGUCGACGCAAUCAGAUCCUUCGAGGUUGAUAAUAACAGCAUGGUCUUGUUAUGAAGCGUCUGUGUGUACAUAUUUAGUGUUUAAUUUUAUCAAGUAAUUAAUGUUCCAUUUGUUGAUUAUAUAUAUUGUCAUGUGUUUGUGGUGUCUGGCUUUGAGGAACAAGUCGCGUGCUUGAUUAUUGCAACUUGUAAUAGGGAUCAUGUGGUAUACAGUUCAAGUGCUUAGUGUAUGGUCAAUUAAUUUUUCUUUUUUUAAGAAUUAUUUUUGGGGUAUACGGUUAGGUUGCAGUGAAAAUAUAUGAUCCUUUAUGUACAAUUAAUUUGUUCAUGUUAAUCCCUUUAGUGUCACUUAU